AUGGCGUCCCCCGCCAACGAACCAACCACAGCCCAAUCGGACACUCGCCUCCCAUGGCCCUUCUCUCUCCCCAAUCAAUCCCAACCACCAGUCCUUAUAGCCCAAGGUGCAGAGGCCCUCCUCUACCGCACUACGUAUCUCUGCCCUUCCACACUCGCAGCACUCAAAGUCCGGCCUUCGAAAAAGUACCGGCACAAGGUGUUGGACGAGAGGUUGACGAAGCAGCGGGUGUUAGCUGAGGCGCGGGUGUUGGUCAAGCUGGCUGGUGUGGCUGGUAGUUCUGGAGAGGAUGCGUGGGGCGUUCCAGGGGUGUAUGGUGUUGAGUGGGACGUCGGCCGUAAGGUUAAGGGGCUCAGGCACUUGAGGUCCGCUUUACGGCAGCAGGAAGCCGGAGCGGGGCGGGCAGAGCAAGAUCAACCACCAACCGAGGCAGUAUCAAGCAACAGUCCCACCCCGAGUGGCGGCGGCGCCUGGCUGCUAAUGGAAUGGAUCGACGGCACGUCCGUCAAGCAACUCAUCCGUGACUGGGACGCAUGGUUGCGGCAGACCUCCGGCAAUCCGACAACAGGCAAUACAACAUUAUUACUCACAGACGAAGAGAAACAAGCAGGCGAAGAAGAGCUCAAAGGGCUACUGCGUCGAAUUGGCCGCGCUGUGGCGGGCAUGCACUCCAAGGGCAGCGUUAUACAUGGAGACCUAACCACCAGCAACCUGCUCGUGCGGAAGGUUGGGGGCCACGCUGCGUUGAAGGAAGUGCAGCCACAGCAGCAGGAGCCGCAGCAACCACCAUCUCAAACGGCCUAUACUCAAACGGCCAGCGAUCCAUCCACAAACGACCACGGUGGCCGUCUCCCAAGACCAGACCUCUCUGGGGAAAUAGUCCUCAUAGACUUCGGCCUCGCCACAACGUCAGUUCAAGAUGAGGACCGGGCUGUUGACCUCUAUGUUUUGGAACGGGCGUUUGGCUCAACCCAUCCCAGACAGGAAGCGUUCUUUGAUCAGGAGGUCCUGCAAAGUGCUGAUGGGUAUAGAGGUGCGUGGAAAGGCAGUGGUGUGGUACUGAAGAGGUUGGAGGACGUCAGGUUGAGGGGGAGGAAGAGGAGUAUGCUGGGCUGA